GGGCCGGGCCGCAGCCGGGCAGAGGCGGUGCGGCUCCGCCCGCGGCGCCCCGCGCUGUCCUGCCCUGCCCAGGACAUCCCAGCCCUGCCCAUCCCGGGACAUCCCUGCCCUGCAUGCGGGAGCAGCGAGGGAGCCGCGCCGGCCCGCUCCGCCAGCAUGUCCGCCCGCUGCUGCGCCGGCCAGCUGGCCUGCUGCUGUGGUACUGCUGCUUGCUCCUUGUGCUGCAAAUGCUGCCCCAAGAUAAAGCAGUCAACCAGCACCCGCUUCAUGUACGCGCUUUACUUCAUCCUGGUGACCAUCAUCUGCUGCGUCAUGAUGUCCACAACAGUAGCUAACGAAAUGAAAACUCACAUUCCCUUCUACAAGGAGAUGUGCAAGGGUAUUCAGGCGGGUGAGAUGUGUGAGAAGCUGGUGGGAUACUCUGCAGUGUACAAAGUCUGUUUUGGAAUGGCCUGUUUCUUCUUUUUGUUCUUCUUGUUCACCAUCAAAAUUAACAACAGCAAAAGCUGCCGAGCAUAUAUUCAUAAUGGAUUCUGGCUUAUUAAACUUAUAGUUCUGGCGGCAAUGUGCUCAGGAGCCUUCUUCAUUCCUGAUCAGGACACUUUCCUGAAUGCCUGGCGCUACGUGGGAGCGACAGGAGGGUUCCUUUUCAUUGCCAUUCAGCUCAUCCUGCUGGUUGAGUUUGCACACAAGUGGAAUAAAAAUUGGACUGCAGGUGCAAACCACAAGCAGAUGUGGAAUGGUUUGCUUGCCUUGGUCACUCUCCUGCUGUACUCCAUUGCCGUGGCUGCUCUGGUGCUCAUGGCUCUCUUCUACACGCGCUCAGAGGGCUGCAUGUACAACAAGGUGCUGAUUGGAGUGAAUGGUGGCCUGUGCCUCUUGGUGUCCCUGGUGGCCAUAUCACCCUGUGUCCAGAACCGCCAGCCCCAUUCUGGCUUGCUGCAGUCAGGAGUUAUCAGCUGCUAUGUCAUGUACCUCACUUUCUCAGCACUAUCCAGCAAACCACCAGAAACUAUCCUGGAUGAAAACAACCGGAAUAUCACAAUCUGUGUACCUGAAUUCAGCCAAGGCCUGCACAGAGAUGAAAACCUGGUUACUGGCUUGGGUACUACCAUUCUGUUUGGCUGCAUUUUAUAUUCUUGUUUGACCUCAACAACACGUGCAAGCUCAGAGGCACUGAGAGGAAUAUAUGCAACAGCUGAAACCGAAGUAGCUCGUUGCUGCUUUUGCUGUGUACCUGACGGAGAUGCUGAUGCUGAGGAGCAUGUUGAGAAGAGGGGAGGCCAGACUGUGGUUUAUGAUGAGAAGAAGGGCACAGUGUACAGUUAUGCCUACUUCCACUUUGUUUUCUUCCUGGCUUCUCUCUAUGUGAUGAUGACAGUAACCCAUUGGUUCCAUUAUGAAAGUGCUCAGAUUGAAAAAUUCUUCACUGGAACCUGGUCUAUCUUCUGGAUUAAGAUGGUCUCCUGUUGGGUUUGUGUCUGUCUAUACUUAUGGACUCUUGUUGCUCCGCUCUGUUGCCCAACCAGAGAGUUCUCAGUGUGAACAGUUAAAAGGUCAUUUUAAGUUUUUUUUGUUUUUUUUUUUUUUUUUUUUUUUUUUUUUUUUUUUUUUUUGGUUUUUGUUUUUUUUUUUUUUUGAAUGAGGAAACACCUAUUACCAAGUUAUCAUAAUGUACCAGUUAUAACCUUUUUAGUCAGACAAAACAAAUGAUUGAAGACUUUUUUUACCGUUUUUUAUUAUCAUGAACAAGCAUUGCCUAAGGGAACAAAUCUAUUUCAAAACUUUACAAUACUUAUGUAUGGUGUGUAGAAAACACAGUUGUUGCAUCAUGCAUGAACUGGAAUAAGUGAAAUACUCUUCAAAUAACUGACAAUCCUUCUCUGGCUUCAUUGACAAGAAAAAAAAACUCAUGGUGCAGAUGGUAUCUUCUUACUUCCCAUGAAUGUUUGGCAUCUUCCAGCAAAUAUGCAUUCAUUCCUUUUUAUACUGUUUCUUUUACAGUUUGCAGUGAUGAUUUGGACUGCUGUUUUGUACAGCAUAUAAUUCUUGUAAGUAGUAUCCAGAUAAUUUUUUUCCAAAAACAUAUCUAAAUACUUCUGUAGAAAUAAGAGACUAUAUAAAAUUUGACUGCCAAAGCAUCUAGUAAAAAUUAUCUAAGUAUUAAAUAUAUUAAGUUAUUUUAUACCUAGAUUGAGAAAGGAUGUACCAAUGAUAGUAUUUAUUCUAUUAUUACUUUAAAGGCACCUGGAUAUUUUAUGCAAUUCAGAUUUAGUCCAGUUAAUAACUGAAGGGGAGUUCUACACACAAAUUCUUAAACUGAAUUUUGUCCAAUUUUGCUUUGCCAGGUCACUCAAAAGUUGAGUGUACUGCAUGGGGAUGUAAGAUAAGGUACAUUCUUUAUUCAUAUUGUUUGCUGUUAAGAAAAUAAUAGUUAAGGGAUCACUGCCAGUUGCUGUUAAAUCUAAAAGAGGGGUGCUCAUUUACUUUUCUGCCCUGCUGUUUCAGCUUGUAUCUAAAGGUCUCCCAGCCCUUCAGUUUCCAUGACUAGCUUUAUAAUAUUUUAGAUGCAUUGAUGGUCAGAAAAGGACUGUAGUAUAUCAUAUGUAUCCUUUUCUGCUUGUGUGUUGGUUGGAAAGUAGUUUUUCUAACUGCUAUAUUUUUAUACUCCUCUGUUGAUAUUAGUUUUGCUGUUGGGAUGGGAUUUAGCCAACCAAUAUAUUAAUGGAGACAGAAAUUCUUUUGUAGAACUCCUAUUACAAGCACUGAAAUAAGCAGUCAGAAAAGCAAAACCAGGAGACACAAAUAUAACAAGCAGCUGCCUUAGUGCAAAUGACUUGAUGAUAUUAAACACUACCUUGUCACCUUUUUUAUAUUGAUUUAAGCAGAUGAUUUGGUGGUAAAACAACAGCUCAAAUACCCUGAAUGCUGAAAAAGGUAGAACACCCACAGUUCAUAUCUGCAUUCUAGUGGGAUGAAUUUCUGACUUGAGCUAGUCCUGGUGGCUUUUGUCUUCUCUUGACAUGUAUGUUCUCACACAUGUACAGUACAAAAUAUCAACCAAUUUAGCAGCUCUCUUUUUUUUAAAAAAAUGAUUGAGCCUUAAAUCUUCAUCCACUGCUUUCUUGAAAUCAAAGAAAAGCACAACAUGGAGGCCAAUGGGUUGGCCAAAAGAUUUGCAUGCCUUAGUUGUUCUGUUGUGAUAAUUAAUGGCUAAUGCACACUUGAUGAGUAAUCUUAACAUAUUGGAUCUUGAUUCUGGUCUUGUUUUCAUUACUGUUUUUAGCUGCCUUGUUGUUAUGGUAUCCCAGGGCUUCUGUCCUGUUGGAGCUUUCUAGGGGUGUUGUCUUCCCCACCCUGUGCACUCUUACCUGAAACAAAAUCUUCAGGUCUGCAGUCCUGUUUACUUAUGCCACCUAUCUCAGUGUCCUGAGAUCUGAGGGAAGGAGGAGUCUGUCCUACAGUGACUGCCUUGGUGUUCUUGUUUGCACCAAGAGUUUAAAUAGCAGUUGAAGCUGGGCUUUGGCACUGAGUUAGAAAAGCAAAAAAUAGCUCUGGACAGGGAGGCAGGUUUUUCUUUUUCCCUUUGCUUCUGCUGGGAGGUUCUGAUCCUGCCAAGAACUCUGCUAGUGUGGGGACCUGUCAGAACAUUUCUGCCUGCAUUUAGAGUCUUGCUACACAGAUACUGCUGCAGCUGAAAAAGGCCUUUAUUAAUGCUUUUUCAAUCCAGAAGCAUUUAUCUGUCCAAUCUCUAAUAUAAGAGCUUGUGGGCUGUGCAGUGAUGACUAACAGUUGUCCCACCUAACUCACAGCAGCAAUCUGACAGACAAUUUUGAUCCAGUGGUUGUGUGCUGGAACUGAAAUAGUCCAGGCUCCUGCCUUGCCUGAUCCUAAGAGGCAUGCAAGAGUUGCCUUCUAGUGCCAUAUGUGCUGUACUAAGAGAAACCAAGUUUAUUUUGGUUUGGUUUUUUUUUUGGUUUUUUUUUUUUUUUUUUCCUAAAUUAGCCAUGGUUUUCUUGUAACAGAACAAUUGGGGAAAGAAGCUUUAUGGAGGAAGGCAUGCACUAUGUCAAGCACCAAGGCAGGGAAAGGUUCCUGUUGUCUGGUUCUGAUAGCAGGCAUGCCAGUCACAAAUGUGGACGGUCUUAAUAUCAAUCUUGGUCCUUGGAUGUUCUUGUUUACAGAAACACUUACUUUAUGUAGUAUUUUCAUCAGGGCUUUCUGCACUUCCUUGUGUUCUUUUUUUUUACAGUUUAUUUUUAGGGAAAUAGCUUUUGCACAGAGGAAACAAGGCUGUAAAAAGAUAGUCCACAGUGAGGUAUGAGUGCAUCCUUCUUACCCAGCACUUGCCUCAUGAGCUGCUCCUUCAUCCUUCCCUACCACCAACUAUUGACCUUAAGCAUCUAAGUCUGUAGGUAUACAUAGAGUGGGAAUAGGGCAGUGCCUGUUUACACAGUUUUGUCUACUUUGAGCACAUGACUGGGGGAAAACCCCCCAAAAUAAAUAACUUUGAAGGCCUGUACGUCUCAUGAUGCCCCAGAUCCAGCUGUGGACUUCCAGGCCCUUCUGAGGAAUCAGUAACUGGUAGCACUUGGGUGUGCAAAGACUCUAGUUCCUCACCAAGACAAGGCUUCCUGCUGGCCAGGUAAACAUUACAGCCUCAGUGUUUGCUGUAACACCUGUACUGUGAACUUCCAUGUGCAACUACAUAAUAAAAUCCUCGGCUCGGGUCAAGGAAUCAAAUUCCCAGCCCAUAGAUUCCAAACAGUUCAUGCAAAUGGGCUUUUGAAAAAAACUUUUUAAGAAGUGCCUUGAUACCUACUGCUGUGAUAACUAUUAAUUCAGGUGGCACUGUAACUGGAAAACCUGGGCUGAGCCUGUGACUGGGUGAUGCUGCCUUGUACCUGACACCAGUGUGUACAAGGCACAGUCAGACCCAAGGUGCAUGUGGAAGACCAAACAAUCUGCUCUUGACAAACCUUUGGGGAUAAGACUGCUUCAGGCAUUACUGUGCAGUGGAAAAUUAGGUGGGAAAACUCACAAGUAGCCUGAUGCUUUUGUAAAUAAAUGAUUAUUUUACAUUUAAGCUGUAAAGAGUUAACUUUCUCUCCCUGUACCUGAAAGUGCAGGUGACUGCUGAGGCAGUUCACUGCAUGGUGUCUAUCCUGCCUUGUACCAUGAUUAUUCAUUGAAUUUGUUCCCAGAUGUAAGCAGUGUGGCACUUCUGGCUCCUAGUGGUUUUGAGGAAGCUUACAAAGACAGCAAGAUCAAAGAACAUGUCCUGUACUAAAUUUCCUCUAUUUAAAUUUGAAUUAAUGCUAUCUUUAAUAGACUCUUGGAGGAACAGACAGUGUUCACUGAAGUCCUGCUGGGAAGGUGAAACAAUUUUAUUGGCUUUUUUUUCUACUUUUUCAAAUUUGCCAUUGUAAAGAUUAUUUGGGGCUUUGCUGCUGCACUGUAAUCUCAGACUGGAACAAUUUUGCUUUUCCUCGUGAAGGCAACCAAGAGCCAUAGUCAUGACUGUUUUGUGUUUGGGAUAAAGUAAGUGGGACAGACUCAGAGAGCAAGUAUCUGAAUCCAAGUAACUGGACUAACAAGUGAGACAAUGAAACUUUACUGGGGAUGUGUGGAAAGCAGAUGGGUAUGCUUGUUUCCCACAUAGUUCUCAGUGUGCAGGCAGCCCUUGCAGCUGGAUGCCAAGUAAGGGGCUCCACUGCAAUCACACAUUGAAGGUAUUGCAUGUUGGUCCUGCUCUCAGCUUUCUCCUUUGAGCAUUUCCAAGAGGUUCAAACAGCUUGUACGUGCCCAGCUGAUGUGGUAAAUCCUGGCUGGGUUGGCCUGCCUUCCUCUGAAAUGCAGAAUUGUGUUGCUAAUAUAUGCAUAGUCCAGAGUGAGGGUUUCUCCCCUUGCAGAAUCAUAAACACUGCAUGUCUAUUUAUUUAUUUAUUUUAUGUUUUAGCACCUUCUUACAAGUCUUUAAGCGCUUUGAGAUUAUAAAUCAUGCAUGUGUAAUUGCUUUGUCAGCUACUGCUGCGGCCGUUUCUGGGCUAGAACAUUGCUAUUAAUGAAGCAACCAUUGCACUUGUGAAAAAGCUGUUUUUAACAGUUCUUUGGCUUUGAAUGAUGGCAUCAGGAAAAUUUGGGUACAUAAGAUAGCGCUGCUUGAACUUUGGCUAGAAGCCAACAGUAUGUGGGCAUCUCUGAACAAAUCAGCAACAAAGUAAUCCAUUGACUGUUUUUAAACUGCGCUGUAAAGGUUUUAUAAACUGCUAGGUUUUUCUCCUAAGCUGAUGAAACAAAAUACCACAAGACCGUACCUUUGUGGCUAGAUGAGUUUAGAUUAUCCACAGCUAAAAUUUUGCUCUCAUUUUCCUUUUGGGCUUUAGAAGCAAUGUCUUUUGCUUGGAGGCUGUAUCUCCUCGUUUUAUUUGCCUUUUUCUCCUUUAAAGGCAUCUUCUUUAAAGGCAUACUUUCUUUCUUUAAAGGCACUGUAAACCUCUUUCAUCCCCAGACAACCUGCUGCCUGUCAAAUGGGAUGUCUUUGGUGCUAGAAACUAGCAAAGACUUCUUUGCCAAGUCUUAUUAUCCUUUCCUUUUCAUGGCAGGACAACCUGCAGCAUUUAAGCAGAGUCAAGGAACAUAGUUUAUUACAUGGAUCAGGUUUCCUCUGUGAAAGCUGCUUCUUUGUUUUCUGAAGUGGCCUACGAGUUCUUGUGGGAGGGAAACACAUAAUGAACACCAUGGCAUUUUACUUGUGUUUUCAGUUUUGUAAACAGUAGUUAGAAUUCAGUGUUUCACAUGACUGUACAAGUGAAUGCUGGGGGUCAAGUGCUUAAAAAGCUUUAGUUUUUUUUUUUUACUCGGAACAGGAUACAUAGCUUGGGAACUGGUAUGUCUCUGCAUUUUCUACAUCCUCAUGGCAGGGUGCCCAAGUGCCCCAGGAUGGGGAUGUAGACACACUGUACAGAGUUUGAAGCAGCAGCUUUGAGAGACUGGCAUAAUGACUGCUCUCUAAUGCCCAAGGGAAUUCUGUGGGUUUCAAACAAAUUUUCAACAAAUCCCAUUUGUUCAGGGUUUUUUAUCAAACUCGGAUUUGAUUCUUUCCACACCUGUUCAGUAAUGUUGUUUUCAAAAAAUUAGAAUUUAUUUCGGAUAUGAGCCAUGUUGGCUUCCCUGCUGCCUGCCAGUCUGUGAUAGUUCCCAGUGCAUGGUGUACAGACAUUUUUGCAGACUUGUUCAGAGCCACAUUCAACAGCUUUGAAACCACUCCAGCAGCCUAAAGCUUCCAGGGCUUUUGCUCACCAGAGCUGCAGGGUGCUGCACUGCAGCCAUGCUUUUGCCAAAGAAGCCUCAGCGUGAAGCCAAGAGGAAAGUGUGAAGCCAAGAAUUUUGGAAAACUACGGGGAAGUAAUGGAUCAUUGGACAUGCCAUAGCUUUAGUUUUCCUCUUGCCAAUACAAGUCCAGGUGCUUAGGUGUCCUUUGGACAUCCAUGCAGACUUAAAGUGCAGAGAAUUAACUUCCAGAUGAAAUCAUACUACUUGUAAAUACAAGCUGAGAAAAUAUUUACUAGGAACAUAUGGGUUCAGUGUCUGCUUUUUGUUCACCACUGAUGUGUGGUGUUCAGUCUCACAUAUGCCAUGUUCAUAAACUGGAUGCAAAAUAGUCAAAAUAUAAAUAGAUUUUCUUAAUGGUGAGGGGAUUUUAAUUAGUCUUUUUCAAGGUUCUUAAUAUCUCAAGGGAACUUUUUGGUGUGUAUGUGUGGUUUUAUUUUAUUAAGCUGUAGCCCAGUGAAGUGGAAAUUUGCUAGUCUGUUUAACUUUUUUGCAAGUGUUGUGGUCUUUAGUAAAUGUAACAGUUUGACUUUUAAGGUUUGGUUAAGAUUCCAGAAUUGUAAGAUCUUACUUGUAAAAUAGUCAGCAGCUUUGCCUUUUUAGCAUGUUAAUGGUUUUUAUGGACACUUCCUUUUGUAUACUGAGUGAAUGUAUUGUUAUAGAUUUAAUGUUUAAUGGACCAAUAAAAUUUUUCUUACAUUUGAAA